GCUUCAGCUGCCAUCAAAGGUCGGCUUGCCACCUGAAACCAGCAACUCGAAGAGCACCUACAGCUGUUGCCCAGGAGGUGCAGAGAGCAGGCGCCCGCACCCAGCUGGGGGCAGCAGGUCCGCAGAGCCCAGAGGUCAGUGGCUGGAGUGCAGAAAGAGCUCCCCUGGGCAAGAGCCAUGGCCCGGCCACCCCCCUGCUGGCUGUGGAUUCUGGGGACCCUGGCGGGGCUCUCGGCUACCCUGGCCCCCCAGUGCUGUCCAGAGAAGCAUUACUGGGCCCAGGGACAACUGUGCUGCCAGAUGUGUAAGCCAGGGACUUUCCUGGUGAAGGACUGUGACAGACACGGAGAGGCUGCUCAGUGUGAUCCAUGCAUACCGGGGGCCUCCUUCUCACCAGACCACCACAUCCGGCGCCACUGUGAGAGUUGUCGGCAUUGUAACUCUGGUCUCCUCAUUCGAAACUGCACCCUCACCGCCAAUGCACAGUGUGCCUGUCCCAAGGGCUGGCAGUGCAGGGACAAGGAGUGUACCGAGUGUGAUCCUCCUUCAAACCCCUCACUGACACCUCGUCCAUCUCAGGCCCCAGGCCCACACCCACAACCCACCCACUUACCUUACGCCAAAAAGAUGCCAGAGGCCGGGACAGUCCGGCAGGUGCAAACUCUAGCUGAUUUCAGGUGGCUGCCUGCCCCAGCUCUCUCUACCCACGGACCACCCCAAAGGUCCCUGUGCAGCACAGACUGCAUCCGCAUCUUUGUGGUCCUCUCUGGAAUGUUUCUUGCUUUCACCAUGGUCGGAGCCCUGUGCCUCCAUCAACAAAGAAAAAAUGGACUAAACAAAGAAGAAAGUCCAGUGAUGCCUGCAGAGCCUUGUCCUUACAGCUGCCCCAGGGAGGAAGAGGGGGGCGCCAUCCCCAUUCAGGAAGACUACCGAAAACCAGAGCCUGCUUCCUACCCCUGAGCGUGCUCGCCUUGGGGGUGGGGAGGUCAUCACUACAAUAAAAUCCCAGCCUCAGUCCCACCCCAUCGGCCACCCAGGCCGAUGAGCCGAAUGAGACCUGGCACCCCCGGUUUCAGUACCAUCCUCUUAUCAGGACCCUUUCCUGUGUGCAGACUUGAGAGCGUGACUUUUGGAGACUGGCAGUGACAAGGACACGAGGGGAUGCGGUGGAGGGUGGGUCACAGGCGCCCGAGUGUGCCCUGGCUCAGCCGGCUUCGCCCCUGCGCUGCACUGGAGGGCUGAGGCCCUAGCUGGAAAACACACUUCUGCCUACGAACCCCCACGUGCUGUAUCACUGACGUAGAAAUUCUGCAAAAUAAAGUGACGGCCAGCCACACA